AUUAGGUGAAGUCGGAGAUUUUUGAAAAAAAUUAUUAAGGUGGCAUAGCUGAUAAAACCUCUGGACAGAGUUGGUUUAAUGUUCUAUGUCUGUGUAGCCUUCCUCCUUCGGAGGGGUAUAUUGCUCCCUUUACUCACCAGAUUGCUUUUCUAUCUAAACGAAAAGCUUCUGGUUAACUGGUGUGUAAGUUAAAGUUACCUUUGGUAAAGUGAACUCAGGUUAAGAUUAAGGAACUGGUUUGAAACUGACCCUUUGGCCUCAGGACCAAACUCAACUGUAAUUCUCCCCCAUCCUUUUUCUCUUCUUCCAGAUUAAUUAAAAGAAGAAUGAACGAAUCUCCAAAGAUAACUGGACAAUUUUUCAUUAUCUUUGUUUUCAAUUAUAGAAGUUGAAGGGGAGUCAGAAGUGGUUCUUCAGCUUGUCAGCACAGACCAACAGACCAUCAUUUUUAGUGAAGAUACUUUCCUUCUCCUUUUUUGGUGUCCCUGGUGGCAAAAACUAAAAUUGAUUACAUCAUUUUGACUUGUGUUUGGGCCUAGGUUUUAUGACACAGUAAUAGCUUACUUUUCUACAUGCUUUGCUUGAAAACAACCAUUAAACACAAUCAUUGCAUUGAACCUGGACAUCUUGAAUAGAGAAAUUGGUAACUUUAUUUUGACAUAUAUUUGAAUAAAUCAAGAAAACAAAAGCAUUUUCAGAUCUCUGCAUAUGAUUAUGUUCUGUAUUAUAAGCAAAAUGAGGAAUUUUAUAGCAUUUGCAGUGACCUUGUACUAGAGGAUAAGCAGAACCAAUGCCAAGUUGCAAAAUCUAGUAGGAAAAUUUCUCCUUGGAAAUUAACAUUUCCUAUGAAAUUGAAAAGUAACAUUUCCUAUCAUCCUCAUUAUUGUUUCUCUAUAAGCAACAAAAUGCAAAUGCAAACCUCAGAUUUAAUUAUUUAACUCAAUUAACGUAGCAAUGGAAAAUCUACAGACAAAUUUCUCCUUGGUUCCGGGCUCAAAUAAAAAACUGAACGGGAUGGGAGAUGAUGGCAGCCCUCCAGUGAAAAAAUUGAUGACAGACAUUCAUGCAAAUGGGAAAGUGGUGAACAAGGUGCCAACUGUAAAGAUGGAACACUUGGAUGACUAUGGAGACACACCAAUGGAAACUGAUGGAGAGCAUGGCAAGCGAAACCCCAUGACGGAGCCUUUACAUUUAAAUCCCAGUUUGAAACACACACUGGCACAAUUCCAUUUAAGUAGUCAGAGCUCUUUGGGUGGACCUGCAGCAUUUUCUGCUCGCUAUUCCCAAGAAAGCAUGUCACCUACUGUAUUUCUGCCUCUGCCAUCCCCUCAGGUUCUUCCUGGCCCACUGCUCAUUCCUUCUGACAGCUCCACAGAGCUCACCCAGACUGUUUUGGAAGGGGAGUCGAUUUCUUGUUUCCAAGUUGGAGGAGAAAGGAGACUCUGUUUGCCCCAAGUCUUAAAUUCUGUGCUCCGAGAGUUUUCACUUCAGCAAAUAAAUACAGUGUGUGAUGAAUUAUACAUCUACUGCUCCAGGUGUACUUCAGAUCAGCUUCAUAUCUUAAAAGUCCUGGGAAUACUUCCAUUCAAUGCCCCUUCCUGUGGGCUGAUCACAUUAACUGAUGCACAAAGACUGUGUAAUGCUUUAUUGAGGCCAAGGACUUUUCCUCAAAAUGGUAGCAUACUUCCUCCUAAAAACUCAUUGGCCCAGUUAAAGGAAACUGGCAGUGCCUUUGAAGUGGAGCAUGAGUGCUUGGGCAAAUGUCAGGGUCUAUUUGCACCUCAGUUUUAUGUCCAGCCUGAUGCUCCCUGUAUUCAGUGUCUGGAGUGUUGUGGAAUGUUUGCACCCCAGACAUUUGUGAUGCAUUCACACAGGUCACCUGAUAAAAGAACUUGCCACUGGGGCUUUGAAUCAGCCAAAUGGCAUUGUUACCUGCAUGUGAACCCAAAAUACUUAGGGACACCUGAAGAGAAGAAACUGAAGAUAAUAUUAGAAGAAAUGAAGGAGAAGUUUAGCCUAAGAAAUGGAAAGAGAAGUCAAUCUAAGACUGAUACACCACCAGGAAUGGAAUUACAGUCAUGGUAUCCUGUUAUAAAACAGGAAGGAGACUCUGUUCCUCAGACACAUUCAUUUUUACACCCCAGCUACUACUUGUACAUGUGUGAUAAAGUGGUUGCCCCAAACGUGUCGCUUACUUCUGCUGUGUCCCAGUCUAAAGAGGUCACAAAGACAGAAGCAACUAAGUCCGUAUCAAGACAGUCUGAGAAACUUCACAGCAGUAGUAAACAUCAGAAAACAGUGUCUUAUCCAGAUGUCUCACUUGAGGAACAGGAGAAAAUGGAUUUAAAAACAAGUAGAGAAUUAUAUAAACAAUUAGAUCCAUCGAUCUCAAAUAAUUCUACAAGUAAGAAGAAAUCUGAGUCUGCCAUUGGCAGCUUAGUAAGAGACACAAACAAGCAUGAUGCUGCAGCCUCCUCUCCACUUCCUGUCAGAGAUGUUACUUGUGAAGAUGAUAAAGGAAAAAUCAUGGAAGAAGUAAUGAGAACUUAUGUAAAGCAACAGGAAAAACUGAACUCAAUUUUACAAAAGAAGCAACAGCUUCAGAUGGAAGUAGAAAUGUUGAGUAGUUCGAAAGCUAUGAAGGAGCUCUCUGAAGAACAGCAGAAUUUGCAGAAAGAGCUUGAAUCUUUGCAAAAUGAGCAUGCUCAAAGAAUGGAAGAAUUUUAUGUUGAACAGAAAGACUUGGAGAAGAAAUUGGAGCAGGUAAUGAAGCAAAAAUGUACCUGUGACUCAAAUUUAGAAAAAGACAAAGAGGCUGAGUAUGCAGCACAGUUGGCAGAACUGAGACAGAGACUGGACCAUGCUGAGGCUGACCGCCAAGAACUCCAGGAUGAACUGAGACAGGAGCGGGAAGCAAGACAGAAGUUAGAGAUGAUGAUCAAAGAGCUAAAGCUGCAAAUCCUGAAAUCAUCGAAGACUGCUAAAGAGUAGAAAUGGUUGAGAAGGUUCAUCUGUGGAUUAUGGACAGGGUUUCUUUUUGUUUGUUGCUUGCUUUGGUAAUUGAUUUCUGAGCAUCUUAUCUGCAUUCUGUUCAUUUGUAGAUCAGAGAGCCAGAAGAGAUUAUAUAUUAGUACAUAAAUUUUUACAUUUUCCAAAUGAAUGAAAAUGUGAUUUCUUUGUACUUUUUUCCUUCGUCAGUUGGUAACAAUACUAUAUGAAAAUCAACCUAUAUUUCUAAUGCAAACUUACAGUUAUGUUUUAAAGAGCUGAAUUAAGUGAUGGAAAAUAGUUGGGGUAAUUGCAUUAUCCAUAUUUCAUGCUCAAUUUUAGAUACAAGUAGUAGCAUCCCAAUUCCAGUAUCUAACAGAGCUAGCUACUCCAGGAGUUGUAUUUGUUUUCCUCAUUGAUGGUCUCUCUUAAGUUGAUAAUAUAUAAUAAUUAUCAUACACCAAAUUUACUUUUACUUUGUUCAUAUUGUAGAGCAAAUUUCCACCAUUUUUCUUUUUAAUGUCUCUUAUGAGGUGUUCUGUUAAUGAAGUUACAGCACACCCCCGUGAACAUGGUGGUAGGGUUACAUGCUUUAUUAUGCCUCGCUGCUAAACACAGGGAGCAGUUGUGAUUUGUCUUUAAGUGUGGUUUCAUUUAGUUGUGUGUGUGUGUGUUUUGAAGUGACUUCAGAAAAAAAUUCUGAACUUUAAAUAGUGGUGUUGAAAAUAUUAAUGUUCUCGAGAAAAACAGAUGCCAUUGAUGUACAUUAGUUUCAAUAUAGUCCAUAAUCCUCCUGUACACAUUUAUAUGUAGUCUUAUGUGGAUCUUACUAAAAUUUAUAUAAUGGAUUUGUUCCUUUUAAAUGAUAAAAUAUUAAACACCUCAAAGGUUAUUUUGGACUUUUGUAUGUUUAAAUAUUGUGUUUAUCAAAAUUGCACGAACGGACCAUUUUCAAUUGCUCUUUAAAGAAAAUCAGGAAUUUACAGACAGCCAAUAGGUUAAUAUAGCAUAAUUUAAAUGUCUAUCGCUGAAAGGCUUAUAAAAUAAAUUUCAGAUAACAAAGGAAUUUCAUAACUUGAGGAAGGGCCACAUCUGCACUUUGUUUUUUCUCUCGUUUUUGCACAGAAAAAAGUCUCAUCUUAAAUAUUAAGUUUCGCAUUAAUAAUGAGUAGUCCUUAGGCUAAAAGUUAGUAGGCAAAAAUCUCAGUCUGCAGUUAUUUUAAAGGAGAAAUUUUGGAUACCACGGCACAUUAUCCCAUCAUGUUUUCUCUUAAGGUACUAGAUGAAGCUAUUUUAAAAUCUGAAUUUAUUUUAAAAGAAAUUAGUUGGAUGGAGGGUAUGUGCUGUUUCUACCAUAGGUCCCUCUGGCAGUUGAGGACUUUAGGACUUGCUAGGUUAUAAUGGAUUGUUUUUAUAUUUUGCUUCAUGGUACUCUCAUAUGCAAAGGACACCUUUGUAUUUCCCCAAAUGUAGUUUGUUUUCUAAAUAUUUUCUGAUCUAAAUGUGUACUUUGCAUUUUACUAUAUUAACCUUAUAAUUUAAUUUCUUGAUUCUUAGAAUUUCCUCAAGGAGGAAAAAAAAUGUUAAAAUUACCAUAUCCCCCCCAGUGCCAUUUAUUUAGACCUGCAGAAGGAAAAACAAUAGAUAUAUAAAAUAGUUUUAGUUAGAUUGUGAAUUGAUUGUGUCAUAGCUAACCAUUUUGGGAGGUAAACUCAAGUACCUGUAAUUUUAUUGUUCUAAUUAACUCAAAACCUUUCUGCUUAUGUUACUUAGAAAAUGAUAAUCUUUAAGUUUCAACCCCAAAUUUCCAAGAUCCUUUGCUUAUUCUUUGAAUAUUUUAGAAUUCUAAGUGGACAUCAAAACACCAUUAAAUUAUAGACUGUUAAGCUAGAAUCAAAGAAACAUUUUUUUUUAGUCUUUGAAGACUUUGUAAGAUCUUUACCUUCCAAAGGAUACAUUGAUGUGCCAUAGGUUUCUGUCCUUCCUUCCUUGAGGAUCAUUUGAGUCAACAUGUAAAUAUGUCUUAUUAUUAAAAGUAGCUUUAAGUUAAAUUGCACCACAUAGCUUGAAAAAUAAUGUAAAGAUUUUGUAAUACUUUAAAAGUGACCUCUGCUAAAAUAUUCAUUUAACACCCUUCUAUUCUUUGCAUGCUCAUUUCAUGUGCUAGUUGCUAUCUUAAAGUUUGUUUUGGUGUUAGGUUUUGUGUGCCAUGCCAAGUUCACUAAGCAAGCAGAUUCCCUUAGAUUUCAUAUCUAUUUAUCUCUAUAUAUGCAUCCAUUUAUAUGCAUAUGUAUUUUUAUUUUUAAGGUAAAAUAAGAAUGGUUAAAAAGCUACAUUAAGUAAUGGCCUGUAAAGUUCUGCUGGAGCCUCACUGGAAGAAAGAGUAUUGGCUUACUGGGUAAUGAGUGAUACUUCGUUUGGGUGGUGAUAGUUUCUGUGGUCUAAACUUUUGUGAGGAAAAUGAACCAAAUCUAUAAAAGGGAGUAACUGUCACUUAGAAGCUUGUAAACAUGCUCACAAGUGCAACUUCUAACACGCAAAAGAUUUCCUCAGUGACUUAGGUUUGGUUUGUGCUUUAAUUUUUGUAAAGUAUAUUCUUUUGCUUGAAAUUUCUGUGUCCUUCAUAAUGAGGAUGUUUUUGCUUCUUGAACUGAGUUUAUAACAUAUUUAAUAUAUACCAAUUUAGAUAUUAAGUCAUUGUACAGGGAUAAGGAAGAGGAAAGGAAAAAAAUCAUGUGUACAUACUGAAUUAUAGAGCUGUCAUGAAAGUAGGCAAAAACAGCCCAAGUACUAUGAUGUUUGCAGGUGGCCCAUACUUUCUAGAAGUCAUAGCAGAGCAACUAGUUCAUUUGCACACCUGUGGCUUCUGUGUGACAGAACAUUAAUUGACAAGAAGCUCAAGUAGUGGAAACUGCUUCCCUAUACAGAGUGGCAAAGGUAGUACUGAGGAAUUUUUAGUACCUUCUGAAGCUUUCUUCUCAAUGACUGUGUUUGAUUACUUAGGAAAUAUUUUUUAUUUGCCCUUUUUAUGCAUUUAUUUCGCACAACAGAAAAUUGAAUAUUCAGAUAAAUUUGUGCUCAUACUGUACAUCUAUUCCUGUGCUUGGAACUACUUGUUAAUAGUUUUUAUUGAAGCUAUCAGCAAUAAGGAACAUAAAACUGCUGUAUUAUACAUUAUGGAGUUGAAUAAUUUAAACCGAGCUUAAUUUUUUUUUUUCUAGAAUAGAAUGCGUAAGUGUUUCCACUGUGGACAAAAGCAUAUGGGUAUUUUGUAUUGCAUCUUGUUUUAAAAGGACAGUUUUUUUAAAUACACUUAAAUGGCUUCUAAAAUAUAUAGUGUAAUUUGGAGCCUGUUUAGAAAUAGAAUUAAAUAUGUAGUGCUACUGUUUUGAAUUACAAAGUGAUCAAAUGUAAAAACAUUUAAAAAUUAAGCCCAGAAAACAAAUAGUGUUUGAAGUCAGUUUAAUAUAAAUAUGUAAGAUUUUUUUUUUCUUCAAUAUAGAUACCUCACUGGACAAUAAAGGAAGCACAGCAUACUUAAAGUAGUUCUUACAAAAACAUCCUAUUAAAACAGUUGCUAAGUCUAGGAUAUCUUUUGGAAGUUAGAGUUUAUAAGAAAUAAAAUAUACCUGCUUUUAACUAUCUUGUUAGGAAUAUUUGUUUUAUCUUGAUAAUUUUCAGCCAACAUGGUAGUCUUAAAUUGUUUCUGAAUUUCUAACUGGUGAAAGCAGUCAAUGAAUGAUUUGAAACAACUUGAUGACUCUAUUGACCACAGUUCAACUUAUAAUUUUGCCAAUGAUGUACAGUUUUAUGAUUAAAAUUGCUGCGUUGGUUGCAUUACAUGACAGAACUGUCCUCUACCUCACGUGAAAUAAAUAUUUUAUAUGGUUUUACUAAAAAAAAUAAGACUCAUCUAUCUGGUCACUUAGUUUACAAAUUUUGAAUUCUAUUUAUUGAAACAUGACAUACUGUGCUCUUAGCUUAUACCUCAAUUGUAUUUUGUGCUGUUUUCCAUUUUCAUUGUAAAUAACUUGUAUAGAUUGUGGAUGAAAUUCCAAAUAAAAAGUUUUAAUGCCAAUG